AUGGCUAACUGGACCGUAGGCCAAGUCAAUCGCUGGUUGAAAGAGAAUGGAUUCAAGAGAUACAUGAAAAGAUUUCAAGAGCUGAAUAUAAAUGGCAACGCUCUGAUAGCUUUAACCGACGAACAGAUCGUGGACGCACUCUCUGAAUUUGCUGAUGAUGGCACAACUGUGAAACCUACUAUUGGAGCUCAAAGCCGAUUCCGUGAAAAACUGAGGGAGUUGAAAAAACUAAAAGCGAAUUCGAAAAUACCAUCACAGCAUGAUGAGAAUCAACCGACAACAGUAAUCAUUAAAGACAAAAAGAAACGGUCAAGCUCGAAAAACCCUGAUCCAUCAUCUUCCUUCCCGAUCAAACAAAAACUAAGCAAGACCAAGCAUGAACAAGAGAGUGAUUCAUCAUCAAUCAGGAGUUCGCAUCAAUCUCAACCAAAUGAAAAUGGUCAUAAUGGACAUCAGAAGAGUCAGUACGAGUAUCCGAUUGAUAACACCGACCUGACUCAAUUCUUUGAAAAUCAAUCGUUUGUUUCGUAUGUCCUCGGAUAUGUCAAAGAGAAAACCAUUAGCAUCCCAAUUGAUGUUAAAAAAGCAUUGUGUGGUGAUGCAAUCUCAUCAACGAAAUUUGUUCUUCACUUCACUGCAACAGAAGAGCAAUACCAGACAGUUGUCAACUUCAUCGAAAAAUUAUUUCAAACAGUGCAGAUUCGAACAUACAAACAACAAAAGGUCAAGAAAUGUCUUUCCCAUGCAUCAGCUCUUUCCAUUCUGCAACGUAUUCUCGAUCACGAAUGUCAAAUGUUCACAAUAUGUCGGAUAAGCACGAUCCCAGCAAAAGCGCAUAAAACAAAUGCAGCAGUGUUAGAAAUAGUCUAUUUUGAUGAUGAUGAAUUCAAUAAUUCUCAUCGAAUUGCUGAGAUCGAUGAUAUUAUUGAAAAUCACAUUUCUCAAGAGAGAUUGUUUCUUUCCAAGAUAGAUAGUUCCCUUCUAGUUGAAUAUUUCGAUGUGGACUCUUGCAGAAUCAUUCAACAGGAGAAAAUCUAUGCAAGGAAAGAAUAUCAGAUGGAAUUCGAUGACUUAAUCGCCAAAUUCCAACAGAAAAACAAAACAUUCGUGACAAUUACCAAGAGCAACUCUAUCAGGCGGUCAGAUCAAACUGUUAUCGAUAUAUUCGGAAAGAAAAACAUGGUUAAUUCCUUUCUAUCUAAAGUCGAAAGUUUAUUUCGAAAAUAUCGAGUGAAUAAAUACAAAUUCAGUCAAUUGUCGACAACAGAAAUCGAUUGUUUGAUUCAAAUUGGUUCGAAUGCAGUGAAAAUGACCCAGAAAGAUUUGAAUAGUUCUGGCGUGAGAAUCGAUUUGGAAAGACGUGUAUUCUACGCUCCACCCUAUCUCUCAAAUGAUGUCGAAUCUCGACUAAAAACUGUGCUAUCUAGUUUCAAUCGACUUGUCAUUGACACACAUGGUUUCUACUAUGACAUUGCGGAAAAGGCCAUGUCUCAUAUAGAAUACCUCGCAAAGAACAGUCAUUGUUAUUGCAAAUUUAAACUGAAGAAAAACUUCCGAUCGUUUCCAAUGUUGCGCAGAUCGACCGGGAAAUCUGCACUUCUUGCGUUAACACACGAGUCAACCGCUCCGUUGCCAUUCUUUGCAUGUGAAGCCAAAUUUGAAAGAGGAGCUAUAACCGUCUCAAUUGCAGACAUCACAGACCAACAAGCGGAUGUCUUUAUCAUUCCGUCGCUGACUUCAGGAUUGAAAGAACACUUAAUCGAGCGAGCAGGUCAUAUAGAGGAACAACCUUCAAAAUCUAAUCGAAGACAUCAGGACGAGUCCAUGCCAUUUAUCACCGAAACAAGCGCAGGAAGAUUAAAUUGCAAGAAGAUUCUCUUCGUUAAUUGGUCGUUGCCUGGAAAGUCGAUCGAUGAAGAUCUCUUAUGCGAAUCCGUUCGAACGUUUGUGUCUCAUGUGAUUCAGUACAUACUCAAAGCUGAAAGACGGUCGAAUCGUGAGACAUUAUCGAUUGCAAUUGUCAUGCCCGAUUCAAUUCAUAAUGAACAAACUAUUGCCGAAGAGAUGAUCGAUGAAACUCUCUGUCACAUUCGACAAGUCAAUUCCACUUUACUCAACGUAUCUUUCAUAUUUUUACCAGACCAACAAAAUCUAUACAAACAUUUUGUGAAGAUUGUUCAGCCUCUCCAAACUGACGAUAAAACUUGCGGAUAUUUUUACUGUCCCACGUCAACAGCGACUGUUACUCUGAUUGCAUCGAACAAGCAGCAUCUAACUCAAUGUGAACAGAAAAUCAAUCAUUACUUAGAACGAUCGAUGUGUAGUCGAACAGUCUAUGAUUUCACUGAAUGGGACCAAGAUGCAAUCAACGGAUUUUAUUCAUACUGUCGUCAAAUAUCAGUGCUACCACAAAUGAAUGAACACGAACAACUUGUUUUGUUUGGUCCGAUAACUAACGUUAAUCAAGCUUAUGAAAAAUAUCGGUUGACCCAUGUCUUGAUGCGAAUUCGGGGGUCAACAGAGGAGAAUCGAAUUGCAAAUGCUAUGAACAAUUUCAAAAUAGUGUUGAGUUAUGCGCUCGAAGAUUCGAGAGUAUGUGAACAGUUACGAACACAUCUGGUCAACGAAGGCUUUUUUGUUUGGAUGCGAUCUGAUUCUUCUGACAAGAGUUCAUCAAAAAUUGAACGAUCGAAUUUAGUUAUCUUGUGCUUAAGCGAAAAUUAUUUUCGAGAUCAAAAUUGUAUUGACGAAGCUAGAUGUGCUUAUGAAAAGCACAAAAGUAUUAUACCAAUUAAAGUGGAAUACUGUCAACCGAUCAGAUCGUUACGGCAAAUAAUAGAUCAAGAGACUUGUUUCUCGUUCUUCGGAUCACGGGAGUAUUUCAAUUUACAAUUCGAUAGGCUAUUAUUGAAAAUUUUCCAGAAUAUCAGAUCGAGUCAACAACGAGAAGAUUCGGUUUUGGAGUAUGUUCGAAAGGAUCCACAUUUGAAUUUUCUAUUAAUUCCAAAGCAGCGCAGAUCGAUCUAUGAAGAAUAUUCACAGAAAUUGAUGAAGUUCAAGAGAGGAAGAAUACAGGACAAAGAAAGACGAGAUCUUAUCAAAGAUGUUCAAGACAUGAUCGAAGAGAGAGAAAAUCUACUGGAAAAUGCACAUCAUAGAUCCUUUUUCCUGCCACGAGCGGCUGAUACAAGUGAUCCAGAAUACGAACAACGACGUGCUAUUGUUCUCGAGAUGGUGCGCUAUGAUUUUGGCAUAUCGUCGCUAAAACAAUGGAUCGAUGGAAUUAUGCAGAAACUAUCGAAACUAAAUCUUCAUCCAUUUACGUACACAGGCGAUAUUAAUGAUGCGCCAUUUCCAGUGCUUGAUGUCGUACUGCAAAAUAGCUAUUUGUCGGGCCGCGUCAGUCCAGAUUCUUGGAUAUGGAAUCUGUUACCAAACACGAAAAGAGAUUUGAGAGAAUCAGCUAGAAAAGCAGCGAAGAGCGAUAAAUUAAAGAAUUCUAAAGGUGAAAAGACACACAAAGACUCAGUCGGUCCCAAACUCAAAAAGGAAAAGGUUGAAGACUCGAAGCGCGACCGUGAACCGAAAAAGAAUAUAGCACGCGGUUCCAAAUCUCAAGGUAAGAACGAUCAACGUGGCUCUUCGUACUCUAAGGAGCAACUCAAGAAAUAUCAAUCCGAAUUUGCCAAACGCAUGAGGCAGAGCUGGAUUAUCUUCGAAAAGGUAUGUCGAGAGUAUAAACCCCAGUCAAGAAAUCUGGCAAAAGAGAAAACAAAAAUCAAUCUAACCGCCAUAUUCACUCCGUGUCCGUUUUCCAGUGAUGCUCGACCAAGAAAAGCUUUAAAAACUCGUCCUGCGACCGAUCUUCCGCUAAAAUUUGUUUGGAAUGGAGUACAAGACGAUUGUAAUCGAAAAUCACUGCGCAACAACACAUUAUGCUUUUUCUCUUACGAACAACCAGUAUCACUAAACAACUAA